GACUACAAUUAGUGUAUUUGACAGAAGAAAACAUUCUGAUAUAGCAGAAAAUAUUGCCCCUGUCACUGUGCUGGACAGAGCCAAAGCAGUCUUUAGUUAGCACAAACAUUUCUGUAAGCCAUUGUAUUAAACAUUUGAAUAUAUAGCAUUUAAUGUCCACAAUGGCAAUGAAUGGUCCAAUAUGCCCAAGUCUUCUCCCUAGGCUUGUGGACCCUCUGUGGUUUCAAGUGGACAAACCAUGUGAUGAUGAGAAUGAGCUCUCCAAGCUUGAAGAAGAACACAGAGACUGGCUGCAGAGCAUUGCCGAUAAAGACAAAGAUAUCAUUCCUAUUGGUAAAACAGCAGCAGAGCAUUAUGAUGAUGAGGAUGAUGAAGAGGAUGGUGAUGAGCCUGACAGUGGGUCGGGUACAGAUCCUGAUGAGUUAGAUACAGACAUGUUAGAUGAGCCAGACAGCGCAGAUGACGUGGAGAUGGAAGCCAAUGAUAACCUGGCAAAUGACUCUCCAUCUUGGGAUGUCUAAUGUAGCAAUAUGUGCUGUUCAUCUUGUAUCAAAUUGUUGUUUUUUUUGGUCUAAAUAAAGAUGAACAAAGCAGAAAUAUCGUCUUACAGCUUUGCUGCUGUGACUUUAAGUUUUUAAUUUCAAGACUUAAUUUAUUUUUCACAAUAAUAUAGAAGUCCUCAAUUGGUCAAUGUGAGAAUGUUGAUAAUGGUUAUUCUGUUUAAAAAACAACUGGAAGUAUGUAGAAUACAUUAUAUAAGAAAUCUGCAGACAUUCAUGGUUAAAACAAAGAACUUUUGUAAAAAUCCAGGUCUCUCUUUGUUUUAAAUCGUGCAUAAAGUUCAUUAUUUUUAUGAUGCAAAUCUUCUGCAUAAAUAAAGUAUGAUAAGAUUGUGAAAUGUGCUUGGCAAU